AUGGCGAAGAAAACAGCCAUUGUAAUAGGAGCCGGUCCUUCUGGCCUGGCAACUGCGUUGGGUUUAGCUAAGCGCAAUAAUUAUCAUGUUCAUCUGGUCGAAAAGCACUCGAGCUUUCCUUCUGUGGGCGCUAAUUUUGGCAUUUCUGCCAAUGGAAUAAAGGCACUUCGAGAGAUCUGCAGUGACACCGCGAAAGACCUCGAAGAGAUUGGCAUUACCACUCCUUAUGGCUCUUUGCUAUUUCUCUGGUACGAUUUUAGGGAUGCCCUCCUCAAAGCAGUCCGACAAUUGGAAGACCAAAUCACACUGCAUCUCGGAGAAUCCAUUGCCGAGCUUGACGAUAACGACGACACUGUGACGGCCAAGUUCGAAUCUGGUUUGCAACUGCAAGGCAAUCUCUUGAUUGGGGCCGAUGGUGUGCAUUCGACUGUCCGUUCUUUGCUCGACAUGCCUCCGUGCACACCGACAGGUCAAACUAUUUUUCGAGGAAACAUUUGUGUGAAGGAAAAAUCAAAUCCCUUGCAUUACUUACUCGAGAAGGGCAUGGCGCCAAUACCCAAUCGUGUGUACAAGGACGGAAUAUUUGUCUUGGCACUGAGCUUUCAUUCCAAACUUCCAGGUCGCAUAGGCUGGGUCGUAUCGACACGGUUGCCAGUCGAUGAAACGACGACUCCCUUGACACUCCUGGAAGGACGCGUCGAAGAUGCAGAAGAAUGGACCAUGCUACAGCAAGUCUUUACGCAAUCGGACCCUUCUCACUUGAAGCCACAAUCCCAAACCAAGGUGCUAGAUUUUUCCGCCUCCAUCGAACAAUGCGGUUGGUCGCAAAAGGGCUUGUAUCCUCACACAUCCCUGGUUGGUGAUGCGGCUCAUGCCAUGCGACCCACAGACGGAUUGGGGUGUAGUAUGGCACUAGAGGAUGUGGUUGUUCUUUGUCGACAUUUGUUAGAGAGUGAGGACAUUGCAAAAUCAUUGUCUGAUUUUGAAGAAGAACGGAUUCCUCGUGUCUUGAAGGUGCAUGCCAAUCAAGGCGAGCGCUACCAAGCCAGGAUAGAACGCAAGGAGGUGCCCCCUUGGACGACCGAAUUCAAGGAGUGGCUCUUGAAUGGGGUGUAA